UUUGAUGAUGAUGACCCCGAGUUGAUUGAACGAUCUCUGGCCACGACCAACUUACUUGGUUUCUCUGAAGAACUCCUCUUUGAUGCCCUUUUACCUAAUGAAGUCGAACACCACCACAGUGCUGAGGAGUUGAUGAAGGCGUUGAGUAGUGCCGAGGGCCAGGCGGCGGCGAUGCGUUCAAUGUUGACAAACUCGCGGGCUCGCGGCGCCGGCGGCUGGCUGGGCGGAAUGUGCGACGCGAUGCCUUGGCUCUCGUGGCUGAUGCGCUGCGCCGGCUCCGACGAGCAGAUGGGCCUCAAGAACCGCGAGGACCCGGCGCCUGAGCCUAGCACCCUGGUCAUCGAGAAGUAUGUCUAUGCCAGGUGCGACCCUGGCGACGGAGACUACGACGACAGCAACAGCAAGGCCGUCGAGCCGGCGUGAAACAAAAAAAUAAAUUUUGGAUUUAUAAUCCAGGAUGAUGUUCAGCUGAGUUAUUUUUCUUUUACAAAAUUAAAGCUUGAGUUUGAUUUGUUUAUUUUCAAAGUGAUAUAUUUUUUAAAAUUUUUAUUUGACCAGUUGCAUAAACCCUUAGUUAUUAAAGCCGCCAACAGAUGGCGCAACCAGACUUUUUAAAAAAUUUUGUUUUAAGCGGUUUUAAGGCAUUUCCGCUGCAAUUUCAGACUCAAUCUAGCUAUUUUGCU